UGAGAUACCCAGGGACUCCACUCAGACUGCACUGAACUUCCCUCUUCAGAGCCACCUGUCACUUCAGAGAGGUCACCUGCCACUAUGAUGCCUGGGGGCUUAUCUGACACCAAGCCUGCUACUCCAGAAGUUCAGCAGAUUGCUAACCAGGUGAAGGUGCAGUUUGAAAGCCAGGCAAACAUGAACUGUGUUGUCUUUGCAGCCGUAGAAUAUAAGACUCAAGUAGUUGCUGGGAUAAUCUACUUUAUUAAGGUCCAAGUUUCCGAUGACGAAUAUGUCCACUUAAAGGUGUUUCAGAGUCUUCCUUAUGAGAACCAAGGCCCCAGCCUUGUUGGUUUUCAGACUGGCAAAACCAGAGAUGACCCUCUGACCUACUUCUGAGAGAUGAUGAGGUGCAGGGCCUCACCUCUGCAAGUCCUAUGGGGGUUCUGCCCGUGACUGUAAAUAAAAUAAGUUUGGAAAGCUA